AUAGUCCUUGAAUAUGCAGAAGGUGGAAAUUUUAAUAAAUGGAUGAAUAAUAAUUUUAAAAAUUUUUCUUGGUUCUCUAAAAUAAUUACAUUACUUAAUAUCAGUAAUGGCCUCAAAGAGAUUCAUCAAAAACGAAUAUUUCAUCGUGAUUUACAUACAGGAAAUAUAUUGUUUUUUACAAACAGUAUAAGCAAGAUCAACAUUUUUGGUGAUAAUAUAUUUAUAUCAGAUAUGGGAUUAUGUGGCGAAGUUGAUAAUACAGAUAAAACAAAGAUUUAUGGAGUUAUGCCCUAUGUUGCACCAGAAGUACUAAGAGGAAUACCAUAUAGUCAAUCAGCAGAUAUAUACAGUUUUGGUAUGAUUAUGUAUUUUGCAGCAACUGGGAGACAACCUUUUACUAAUUGUGCUCACGAUAAGCUUCUAGCAUUAGAUAUAUGCAAUGAAAUUAGACCUGAAAUUAAUGAGCAAGAAGCACCAAAAUGCUAUAUUGAUUUAAUGAAAAAGUGUUGGGAUUCAGAUCCAAAAAAUAGACCAAAUUCUACUAUAAUA